UUUUGAAUAAUGCCUGUAGAUUGACGCUCUGGAUUACCAAGCCCACCAAUGCUGAAUUUAUUGAAAUCAUCUUCCAGUUUUCAGAAGAAUUCAGCAAAACCAUUGAACGAAUCUUCAAUUAUUUGAGUAACUGCAAGAAUUUUUGCCUCAAAUCUGUCAUAGAGGAUAUUGAUAUCUGUGGAAAGACAAUUAAUCAAUGUCAUCAGGGAAUAUUUUGCAUUACCCAGUGGGAACUACAGCAAACCAACAGCAGGAUUUCAUACAUUGAGUCUUGCUGCAAUCAUUAACUUUGAUGCAUUCCAGAGCCUUUUAUCAAGACUGCUGUACAGUAUGAUCAACGCUGGACGUCACACUGUUCUACAAGAAUGCAUAAGGAUAUACAGUCUAUAACCAAAUUAAGAAUAGCUGAAAAAAAUAGUUUGCACACUUUUGUAAAGUCUCUGAAAAAAUCUCAAAACGUUUUUGCUGUAAGACUGCAAAUUCCAAGAUUCUUGAACACUCCAUCAUGGUUAACAUAUCCGAGUCAAACAGUUCCAGUCCUGACCUGAGUGAUGUUGAGCGAGUGUUGGUUCCCAUAUUCGACAGCUUCAUCCUGGUGACUGGAGUAGUCGGACACAUCCUGGUUCUCAUUGUCAUCAGUAGAAUGAUGCGCAAAGGACAAGGACAGCCCAGCGGAGGAAGGACAGGAGGGCUCCAACAAACCAACGCAAAUGGCACAGAUGUUCUUCUUCUGUCUUUAAGUGUGGCGGAUCUUCUUCUGCUUUGCUGUCUUCCAUAUCACACGGUGGCCAUUGCAACCCGUCACUGGCCAUUUGGCAGCUUCAUGUGCAAGUCUGUGAGCUUCCUAAGUGCCAUGUGUACGGCUGCAAGCGCCUUUACUUUGGCUGCUUUGGCCUUCGCUCGAUACGUUAUUGUCGUUCAUCAAUCAAAAGCGUAUCGAUGGCGUAGAGAGGGCCGUAUGAAAGUGAUCGCUGGUGUACUGUGGAUACCAGCCAUUAUCUUGGCAUCGCCUCAGUUUGCUUGGAGGACGCUGAUUUCAGGAGUGGACGACCGUGAAUCUCGUGAGGACUUGGCAUGUUUUAAUUUCCUUUCGGAGUCUGGCCAGUUGGCUUACGGAGUGUGCCACUUCCUACUGGCUUUUGCAUUUCCACUUGGGAUCAUCAUAAUAGCUUACGCCAAGAUAUAUCACUUCCUGAAGAUCACUAGGCGGGGUCGCACAACUCAAACCACUGACCGUUUGGAGCACUACCAUGUGCACGUGACCCAAACGUCUGCUCUGUUAGUGCUGGCGUUUACGGUGUGUUGGCUGCCAUCAUAUGGGUUGAUGUUUGCUCAGAUGGCUGAGAGAGACAAAGCGAUUGGGCCUUUUUCUCAGUUAGGACCAUUUGCCACAUUUUCUCGCAUCAUGGCAACGUCUUCAACUGUGGCCAAUCCCAUUCUCUAUGUUUUCAUGUCAGAAAAAUUCAGGAAGGAACUAAUGGGUCUUUUUAAAGGGGGGUGUGGAAACAGACUCUCCAUAUAGGAGCCCUAUACAGAUUAUAGACUUCAUGAAUUAACCUUUGAGUGCUCAAGAGUAAAUGACAUGAUCAAGUCCAUGAAAUAAGUUGUUUACAUACAAGCAUGCAAUUGUUAACAAUCAGUAUUUAUUUGUUAACAAAUAUGGAGAACAUUUCCAUGAGUGAUGCUACAAUGACCAAUGGCUUGGACUCACUGUCAUUGGUGUGUUUAUAAUGUCAUUUUUUCAUUAAAAUCUAAAGAUACAGGCGUCACGGUGGCGCAAUAGGUAGUACAAUCACUUCACAGCAAGAAGGUCGCUGGUUUGAGCCCUGGCUGGGUCAGUUGACAUUUCUGUGUGGAGGUUGCAAGUUCUCCCCGUGUUGGCGUGGGUUUCCUCCGGGUGCUAUAGGUGAAUUGAAUAAGCUAAAUUGGCCUUAAUGUAUGUGUGUGAAAGAGUGUGUAUGGGUGUUUCCCAGUGCUGGGUUGCGGCUGGAGAGGCAUCAGCUGCGUAAAACAUAUGCUGUAUAAGUUGGCUGUUCAUUCUGCUGUGGCGAGCCGAAAAGAAAUAAAUGAAUGAAUCUAAAGAUACAAAACAAAACAAUGCUGUAUAUUUUGAGAUAUAUCGUGUUGCUAAACAUGUGCAUAUAUCCAGUGGUGGAAUGAAUACUGAAAAAUCAAGCAGAAGUACCAUUUCUUGCCAAAAAAUCUAGAGCAAGUAAAGUAUUUGAUGUGAAUAUUACUCAAAGUAUGAGUAAACAGUAGCCCUUCUAAAAGUACUCAAAAGCCGCAAGUAGUAGGGAUGUAUAAAGUUGAACCAUUCAAUACAACCUGCACACUUCAAUACACAUAUGAUAUUUGUCCAGGGAUGGGCAGUAUUUAUGAUACAUGAAUUUCAAAUAUGUAUUUUACAUACAAAAUGGUGUAAUUUGUAUUUGAUAGAGUGGAUGAAAAUGGCUUAAUAUUUUGUAUCAAAAUACUUUAGUGUCUUGUAUUUUUAGAAUACUGUAAAAUACUUUGUAAGAAGUUUACAUGACUAGGCAUGGGCCGGUAUAAGAUUGUGAUGGUAUGAUAACCUUGGAUAAAAAUAUCACGGUGUCACGGUAUUGUGCUCACCGCUCUAAAAUAUCUUCUUUUUAAAUGUCUGAGUAAAAAACUAAAACUUUCUUCCCCUUUAACAAUAUAUUCUAUUUCUUGAAAGAUUUAUUAUAUUUUGGAGCAGUAAACAUGUCAGGCUAUAUAAUUCAAAUGAACCAUUGACUUCUGCUGUCUUAAUUAGUUUUAAAUGCACAGGUUUCUCUACAAUUUUAAACGGCAUCUUUGGAUAUCUUUUCUGCUGGAAAUACUGUUGUCCUAAAAAAACAACAAAAAAAUUAAAUAAAAAAUCUAACGCGUACCUUAGGAACUGUAUUACAGAAAAUGUUGGCGGUUUGAAAACCUUGACUUUUCCAAACUGCGGUAUACCUUGAAAACGGUUAUCGUCCCAUGCCUAUACAUGACAUCAUAAAAAUGUGGCAUUUGAUUGGUGCUUUCUCAGUUGUCAA